AGUGCGGCUCCCCCAGGGAUAAUAGCGCGGCGGUGGCGCUGUAAGCAGGAGCGGGCGGCAGCUACAUCCCUGCAGCAGCACAGCGGUGUGUGCCCGGCGCCGGAGAGCAGGAGGACGUGACCCUCCCCAAAAUGACGUGAGCUGUACGACGUCGGAACGUGGCAUUGUGGAUAGUGACGCUGAGUGGCUGUGUAUGAGGGAGAGUUUGUGUGUACGAGACGGAGCGGGGUGUGAAUAUGGCGGACGGGGAGGCCGAGAGCAGCAGCGGCCCCGUCCCGGACAUUACCGCCGAGAUUCCCCGCUUGGAAGAGAGGCUGCGGGAGCUGGAGAGCCGCCUGCAGGAGGUGGGAGAGGACGAGGCCGUGCAGGCAGCCAGCGACUACUGCCAGCGCUUCUGUCAGACACUUCUUGAAUAUGCAGAGAAAUGGAAAGCUUCUGAAGACUCUCUGCCCUUACUGGAAGUGUACACGGUAGCCAUCCAAAGUUAUUCCAGCGCACGACCUCACCUUACCUCACAGUGUGAAAAUGUAGGCUUGGUGCUUGAGCGGCUAACUCUAAGCUGUGUUGAGCUCCUGCUAUGUUUGCCACGCGAGUUACCUGAUGAUCACUGGGAAAAAUUUCAAGCCUCAAUUAAGGUUGCUCAGAUUCGUUUGACUGAAAAUGGCAGCCAUGAGCUUGUGCUCUUAUACAACCUGUCUCAAGAAGCUGGUGUCUGGAAGGACCCAAUCCUGGAUAAAAUACUUAAUGAGCAAAUCACAGAUCCAUUUCAAGCUGAGGGAUUUUUAGUUUCUGAAGGCCCGUUUCUUUUGGAGAUGCGAAUUAAGCAGCUCCUCAAAGCUAGUAAAAUAGCUGCUGCAACUGCCCUGGCAAAGCUAUGUUCAGACCACCCAGAGAUGAGCAAGAAAGGACACUUCAAGCAGCUCUACCUGACUUGCCUCUGCGCGGCUUCACCAAAUAUAAAGCUCAUUGAAGAAAUUGCCAAAGUAGAUUGCAAAGAUGCUUUGGAAAUGAUCUGUAAUCUUGAGUCUGAAGGGGAUGAGAAAACAUCGCUGAUAUUGUGUGCAGCAUUCCUCUCCCGCCAGCUGCAGUUUGGUGAAAUGUACUGUGCCUGGGAAUUGACGUUGUUCUGGAGCAAACUGCAAAGAAGGGUCGAUUCAUCUAUACAAGUGUAUCUAGAAAUAUGCCGCCAGCUGUCUCAGCUAACGAAAACUGUGUACCAUAUUUUCUUUCUCAUCAAGGUUAUUCAGUCAGAGACUGAGGCUGCUGGGCUUCCAACAUGCAUAGAGCUGUGUGUGCGGGCACUACGCUUGGAGUCCAGUGAGAAUGCCAAGGUGAAAAUCUCAAUCUGCAAGACAAUCUCCUGUUUAUUGCCUGAUGACUUGGAGGUCAAGAGAGCUUGUCAACUUACAGAGUUUCUUCUGGAGCCCACAGUGGAUGCAUACUAUGCUGUAGAGAUGUUAUACAACCAACCGGACCAAAAAUAUGAUGAGGAAAGUCUUCCAGUACCAAACUCCCUGCGCUGCGAGCUCCUGCUGGUCUUGAAAACCCGAUGGCCGUUUGAUCCAGAGUUUUGGGAUUGGAAAACUUUGAAACGUCAGUGUCUGGCAUUAAUGGGAGAAGAGGCUUCUAUUGUUUCUUCGAUUGAUGAGCUAAAUGACAAUGAGGCAUAUGACCCAGUGGAUGAUUACCAAGAAUUGACAAAGGACCCUACAUUAAACGGACUUGAUUGCUUUGGUGGAAGCACACCUAUUAAGGAGGGUCGCGAAAAAAAGCCGAAAAAGAGAAAUACUAACAAAAAAAUUAAAGAACAUGGAGGCAUAUCUGCAAGAUUUAGAAACUGGCAAGCCUAUAUGCAAUACUGUGUAUUAUGUGACAAGGAGUUCCUGGGACACAGGAUAAUUCGGCAUGCCCAAAAGCAUUGCAUAGAUGGUAUCUACAGUUGUCCAAUAUGUGCAAAACAGUAUACCACUAAAGAAACCUUUGUUCCACAUGUAACAUUACACGUUAAGCAAUCCUGCAAAGAGAGACUGGAAACUAUGGAACCCCUCAGGAAACUGGCGAGGUUGCCUAAGAAAAAACGGACAAAUAAAAAUAAAAAGUCUGUGACCGUUAUAAAACAAGAGCGGCAAGUAAAGAAGAACACCAUUUACGCAGAUGAUUUUAUAGUAUUUAAUGAUAAUGACAAUUCUGAUGAAAACGAUGAAAAAGAUAAUCAACCUGAGAAUUUAGAAGCAGAACAGCGAGUACUCGCCAAUGAGUUCCCAUGUCCUGUACUAUUCUGCAACAAAGGAUUCAAAUAUUUCAAAAAUUUAAUUGCACAUGUGAGGGGGCACAAAGAUAGUGAAGAAGCUGCACGUUUCCUUGAGAUACAAAGUAAAAAAGUAGUCUGUCAGUAUUGUAGGCGGCAGUUUGUUAGUCUAACUCACUUAAAUGAUCAUUUGCAAAUGCAUUGUGGAAGUCGACCUUAUAUAUGCAUACAAAUGAAGUGCAAGGCAAGCUUUGAGACUUACACAGACUUACUGGCACACAAAAAGGAGCAUCAUGAUUUCAGAGCAAAGUGUAUGUUCCCAAAGUGUGGAAGAAUCUUUACUGCAGCUUACAUGCUCUUUGACCAUGAAGCACAACACUAUAACACAUUCACUUGUAAGAUAUCUGCUUGUGGAAAGAUUUUUCAUUCUCAGCUUCAGUUAGAGCAGCACUUAUGUGAGCAUCCUGCAGAGUCCCCCGUGCCACAGUCCAACAAAACAGCUGAAAUGGCUAAAUUAGUUGCUAAUAGAAAGAGUGCUACAGUCAAACAAGAAUCACUACCAGAAUGUAAUGUAAACAGCACUUUUAAUGCAGUAUCCUUAAAUUCAGCAGAUGUUCCCAGUUCUACAAAGUCUAAGGAUCAUAGUUUACCUGAAACAUCAGUAUUGGAACAGAAAGUGUCUACUAGUGGACUGGAGAACUCUGUGCAUUUGCUUGACCAGCUUCUUCCACCUCCUCAUGCUAUCUCUACUACAAAUUUGCUUACUCAGGUUUUACCAGCACCCUCUAUUGUACAGAAUAUGUUGCCUAAAGCAGACCUAUUGAUUAACACUACUUUCUCCGCAGAUUCUAGAAAUGUUCAACGGCCAAGUCUUGUUGAAGGGUUUCCUGGUAUUUUAAAUCAAAACAAACUAAUUGAUAGAACCACAGAUUAUGCAAAUCAAACUCGAACAAGAGCACAUCCGGGUUUUGAAGACCAUUGUUUGUCAGUAUUUCAAGAGGGUAAAGCCAGCUGUACAGAUUAUACAAAUAAAAAUCAGGUUGGUGCUGUGAAUUGUACUGAUGUCAAAAUUGAGGCAGAAGAGCAGAUAAAUAUAAUGCAUUUUAAUGAAACUGCUCAACUGUGUGAUAACAAUUUAGUUAUGUCUGGCUAUGAAGAAAGUGCGAAGUCUGAAAAUCUUCUGUCAUUAUCACUUGAAACCAGUAACACACUUUCUAAUGUUUUGCCAACUGCCAAUAAUGCUACAGUGAAGCCUCUUCUACCAGUCGAAAGAUUCAAAUGCAAUGUAGAGGGAUGUCCCCGAAUAUACAAUUCUGUACAGAGUAUUGGAAAACAUAUGAAAAGUGCUCACCCUGAUCAUUAUGAUUUCUUUAAAAUGGAACGCAAGAACAGGAAAAAACAAAGGGCUGGAACAUUUGUACCACCAUCUGAUGAAAAACCUACUUAUUGUAUACUUGCAGAGCCUGAUGUGCCAAAUAAAUCUGGUUUUCAGCCACCGCUUCAGAGCACCGCAAACUCCAGUUUUUGUAAUCAGUUACAACACCUCCCAAAUCCAGUCUUCCCAACACAUCUUGAGAACUUGGUCAACCCAUUACUGAAUUCUGCAGAAACAGUCAUAUCCCAAGGUUUGUCAAAAAAUGUUGCUGAAACACUCUUGGGGCCUGAAGUGGGAAAUUUGAGUAAUGCUGCCUUGACAUCACAAAUUGAAGAUUUGGCAAAGGUUUUACCAAUGAAAUUUGAAAACGGUUCUGAUCCUUUUCUGCCAAUGCCAACCGAAAAUGAUCCUCUGCCGGUUUUAUCUUCACUGAGUGGAAGUACAGUGUUUUCUCAGCUAGGAGGUAAUUCAGAUUUAGCUGGUGGUGAGAGUACAAGCUCUGUGUUCUUGAAAGAAGAAACAGAAACCUCCUUUUCCAAACAAGGUGAUGGCACGGACAUUGAUGCAACUUUUAACUUGGAUAAGUCAUCUAGCAUGCUUUCAAAUUCUGGAGAUAAAAAGACUACAACUGGGAGAACUACCAGAAAUAGAGAGAGAAAGCCAAAGCACAGCCCUCGUGCAAAGUGUCCAGCUAUCAUUAGAGAUGGAAAAUUUAUCUGCAGCAGGUGUUUUCGAGUGUUUACUAACCCACGAUCAUUGGGAGGCCAUUUGUCAAAGAGGACUGUGUGUAAGCCCCAUAAUGAUUAUGAUGUUUCCCCAGUUCCACAAAUUGACGGUCAGUCUUCUGUUUUGGCAAGCAUGAUACUUUCAUCUGGUCCAAAGCGAAGAGCAAAGUCAUCUGCACAAACUUUUUGUCCUAAAAAGGCUAUCAAAGAGGAGCCUUUUCUGACACCUGUUCAGCCUGAAAGUGAAAGUUCUCAAUAUUUGCAUAGUGGACUCGCACAUCCUAGUAUCUCAAGCUUUACUCCAUGUGAAGAUAAAAUUGAGAGGCCAAUUAAGCAAAACAUUGAAGCCCCAGAAAAUGUAGGUGGUAGACAGCUGCAUCCUAACAUAACUUCAGCUGAGUGCAUUCCCAGUAAUCCUCAAAUAAACACAGCUGAACCCUUAAAUCUUACCACAACCCAAGUCCUCCAACCUAGCUCCAGCCUCAAGGAUGGAAACAGUCUAGAAAACGUUCAUGUGAACAGUUGUACUGAUCAAAUUGAUCUUCCAGACAAGAAACACCUCAUGACUGAAAAUGGUUUGUACCCAAAUACAGUUAUUAAUUCAGUUGAAGAGAACAGUUGCAUACAAAAACCAGUAAGCAGCACUCGAGUAUCUGUCAUUAGUGGUCCCCGAAGUUCUUGUUUAGCCACCACCAAGAAAAGGAGCAGCAGUUCUAAGAGGAAGAAAAAAAGUGACACCCCUGCCACAGUGGAGGCUACACAUGAGCUUGCAAAAAAUAUCUUGGCAGCAGUAGGGGGAAAUCUACAGAUGUCCACUGAGCUGCAACCAAACUUUAUGACAUAUGGGUCUGACAUUUUGGAAAACCUAGCAAAACAUUUGAGCAGCGCUGAUAAAGAACUGUUUAUGUCUUGUAUCAAUGAAAGUCUUAAAGCUAGCUCAGAGACACAUGCUGCAUGUCCGCUUCCUAUAAAGGCAGAAAAAAGUGAGCCACAGCUCCUUCCUGCUUACACCCCUGACCAGAAAGAGACUGAAAAGCUAGAUAUACAUCCAGAAUUCAGGGAUAAGCCAUUUCAAAAUAUGACUCCUGACACAACUGAAACUUACUCUUUUAAUGGUAAUGUUCAAAGUGUGUGUUCCACUUUGCCCCACAGUCAGGUCAGUGUGAAUGGCAGUAUAGACGGUAUACCUGGGGUCAUGCACAACAUAAAUUCUGUAAGCACUGCUUUCAGCCCACCUAACAAAAUGAACAUACCUGUGUGUUCAGUCUCACCAACCCAAGAAACUAGUUUUAAGUAUGACGAUCAAGUUUUGGAGAUCAUGGACUUGGUACAAAAGUUACAGAUUGUGGAUAUGAAGCCUGAACGUUUAGAAGAAGAUAUGUGCCCUCCUAGUGAGAGUGUACCCAUAAUGUCCAGUGUAAUUGUUCCAAAUCCAAGUCUGAGUCUAGUGUCUGAAGAAAUACCUGAAGUGUCUAAAUCAUUAGUUGAAAAAUGUAAUGCUAAGCCUUUCAUAUGUCAUGAGGAGGACUGCAACUAUUGUGCAAUGACUAAGGAUGCUUUGUUUAAGCAUUAUACUAAAGUUCAUUAUUACACGACAGAAAAACUGGAAGAAAUCAAGAAACAUCAGCUAAAGUUUGCCCCUUUCAGAUGUGUUGUACCUUCAUGUACUAAAACCUUCACAAGAAACUCAAAUCUCAGAGCCCAUUGUCAAGCAAUGCAUCAUUUUACAUCUGAUCAAAUGGUAAAAUUAAAAAUAAAAAGACCGUAUGGAAGGAAAUCUUUUAGUGAAAGUACUGACUUUUCUCCUGAAAUGCCCAACAGAAGCCCUGAUGGUAAAACGUUUAUGGAGUCAUAUGAUGUUGCAAAAGUUAUAAAACCAGAACCUGAGCUAUAUCAAGAUGUACCAGUCAUGAAAACAGUGGAACUUCCCAAAGUUCAAGAAAGUAAAUCACCCCUUCAUUUGCCUUCUCAAGACUCCCAUUUAAUGCCUAAUCAGAAAAGCAAGAAAGGACCAAAGAUACGGAAAAAGCGAAAGGAAAAGGAGCUGAAGCGCAAAAAAACAAUACAUAAAGAUGCCAAGCCCACCCAGGGACCUACGUCUUAUAAACCCUAUCAGUGUGUUCACCAGGGCUGCACGGCAGCUUUUACUAUACAACAAAACUUAAUACUUCAUUAUCAGGCUGUUCAUAGGUCAGAAGCAUUUAAAUUCUCAUUGGAAGAAGACUUAAAAGAGGAACGGGAUGAUAAUAGCAAUGGCCUGAUCCUCAAAGAGUUCCGGUGUACAGAGAGUGAUUGCUCUAGAAUUUUUGCAAGUUUUUCUAGCUUAAUACAGCACUAUGUGAAGCUUCAUGAGAUGAUUGCAGAGGAAAUUGAAAAUGUUUUAUCUUUUGUAAAUGGAGGACCAUUUAAAUGUGAUCAGACACAAUGCACGGCUAGUUUUACCUCUUGUUCCGGCUACAUUGAACAUCUUGAAGAAGUACAUGAUCUUAAAAUGAAGAGUGUAAAGUUGGAGGGAGAAGAAAUGUAUAAGUGUGACUGUGAAGGUUGUGACCGCAUCUAUGCUACUCGGUCAAAUUUGCUUAGGCAUAUUUUUCGCAAGCACAAAGAUAAACAUAAGGAACAUUUAAUCAGACCACGGAAAAUGAGUGAUCCAGACAAUACUGAUGACAAAGCACAAAAAGAAAAACCUAGGCUGCCCAAACCUAAGUGUGAAAAUGAAGGAGCCGGGGGCCCUAAAACAAAGCGACGUAAAGAAAGUAAGGAAAAAUGUCUAAAAAAAAAAUUGGGGAAUAUUAAGCCCGGGCCUUCAACUCUUAAAUAUGGUAGACAUACAUAUUCAUUAAAAGCUAAGGAUGCUGCUUUGGCAGAAUGCAUAGAGUGUCAUACAAAACAAUAUCCUUGUAUGGUACGUGGAUGUACUUCUAUUGUUGCCACUGAACACAAUAUUAUUAGGCAUUAUAAAUCUCACAAACUUGCUAGGGCAUUCAUUUUAAGACACCGAAAAACACUGAUUGUGUGCAAAAGGCGUGGACGCACCAAAGCUAAAGAAGUCCCUUUGCCUCUCAACACAGAGCCAGUGUUAGACAUUAAAAAAGCAGAAGUUAAUGAGGCUCCAAUUGAGGCAUCAGUUCCUAUAGAAAAGCCAACUAGUUCUGCAGUACUGGAAAGCAGCGAUGAAUCCACAAUUUCAACGUUCCAACAGAGUGAAACUGAAAAGAAUGAAAUGGAUGAACUUACCGAACUGUUUAUUUCAAAACUAAGCAAUGACGACAGCACUAGCUCAGACAGCCAAGCAAAAGCAUCAUCCUUAUUAAGCAGCGAUUUUCAGGAAACAAGCUCAUGUUAUUCUGAACCACAAAGGGUGCUCGGUGUUGUAAAAGGACUCGAUAAACAAACACCAGUUAUUCCAAAUAGAAAGAGAAAAAUUGAUACACCAGAUGAAACCCUGUCUGCCGACACUAGUAGCACACUCAGCUGUGAGGAGACGUUACUUCCUGACAGUCCUUCUGAUGACACACCAGCAUUUGACUUGGGCUCAUUCAAACCUAUGGGAUUUGAAGUGUCAUUCCUUAAAUUCCUAGAAGAAUCUGCUGUCAAGGAAAAAAAACCUGUAGAUAGUGUUAAUUUCAAUACUGACCUAGAGACGGGACUGCAGCCAAGUGAAAAAAUGCGAAGGCUCUCUGUGGAUGAGGACUUUGACACAGAUAUAUAUUUGCUCUUUGAUAACCCUUCACAUCUACCUAACCUGGACAAUGUAAGAAUUGUUUUAGACGAAGCAUUCAGUGACUAUAUUGAACUUAUCGUCAAGCAGCUUAAUGAACUGAAACCUGUUGUGGUUCUUAAACAUGAAAUUUACUGCGAUGAAUUUGAUAACGCUGCAGAGGAACAAAAUAUAGAACUAGAUGGAGAAGCUACAGUAUAGAGAGGUCCUACUACAUUUACAGCCUGUACAGUUUUAUUGUGAACUAGAAACCAUCACGCAUGCAGAUAAAUGCAGUUUUAUUAUUUUCUUGUUGUUGUGAGUGACUUAACCUGGCCAAAAAAAUACAGAAAAAAGAAAAAUAUGCCAUGGCAGAAGUCAUGCAAUGUUUUUAUUCCAUGUUAUCCCUAUGGGACUAGAGGAAAUAUAUUGUUUAUUCAGUUUUGUAAAUAUGAUUUCAAAUCCUCAUUUCCACAAAUGAACAAUUUGUGUAUUGUGUGUGGGAUUUGGUAUAUUCGCCAAGUUCACUACUCCAUGUAUAACAGGUUACUUGUAUAUAAUGUUUAUGAGUUUGUUUUUGGGAGGGUGGGGGUGAUCCUUUUGUAAAUAUCACUGUAAUACAUUUGCUGCCUAAACUAUUAAAUUACACGUUUAUAUUCUGGAUUUUAAUUUGUAAUCAAGUGAUCACAUUCUUUUUAAGAAAUUUUGUAUUUGCAUUACUUUUGGUUGCAGAUUUUAUGUACAUACUUAAACAAAGCAUCUAUUGAAAUUUUUUAAUGUGUAAAUACUUGAAAAUUUGGUUACUUAUUACAUGUGGAUGAUGGUUCUUGCUGGAAAUCGGACUGUGUAGCGUUAACACAUGCCACACGUAUUAGGCACCUUGUGCAUUACAAUAUAUUACUUGUAAUGACAUCCCCUCCAUCUCCAUAUAUUAGAACUGGUGGCAAGAGUUGCCACUUCCUGUUUUAAAUGUAUUGAGUGUUUUUACAGUAAAGCAAAUACUGUCCAUAGAUAUAAAGGUCAAUAGCACCACCUGUGGGCUUGAAUAAAAUUGCACAAAUGUU